UUAAGUGUGACAAACAUGCAAAAAAAAAAAAAAAAAUCAGGAAGGGGGCAUAUACAAUCAUUUAUUAGGGUGCGGGGGCAAUAGAGGUCAGAUAAAUAAAUAUGGGUCGAAAUAAGUGCACUGACUGUAUAGUAUUAGGCUACUUCACUAACAUUCAGGCGUGUCCUCACCAAAUCCAAGUGCAAAAGUAGGCCUAUAUAUGUUUAGAAAUGAAUAAAUCCCCUUUUCCCUUUCAAUUAGCAAAAUACAGUGAAUAACAUAUUCAGUGGUACAUACAGCAAAUGUAACCUACCAUCUCAAACAGCUACUGAGCUGGUGUAAACUUGCAGUAGGUGAUCACAGACCGGGUACAGGACCUGCAGGACUUGCUGGGGACGGAGAGAGCAGCGCACCAGAGCAGGCUGCUGCGUGUUGUCGGAGCGUAAAGACCUGGGUAGACUCGGUGAAUUUUUUUGGGCGGAUUGUUGGAAAGUAACCCCAAGACGGAUCAGCAACCAUUGUGUCCAAACCGUGAGCUCGUAGAGUCCGGCAUGUCCGAGAGGAAGAGCGCUGAACACCGCAGCUUCGAGGCUUUAUCACUGAUCUCCCGCGGAUCAGAUGGUGCCGAAAAAAUGAGUCGGGCUCUCUCCAUCUUCGCUUACUUUUUCUCUUUGAUUCACUGUAGCAGCUGUGCUGACUCAGAGGAGCGUCUCAUGAACUCGUUGCUGGGAAAGAAUCGCUACAAUCCGCUCAUCCGCCCGGCUGUCAACAGGACAGAGAGAGUCACAGUGAAGCUGCAAGUGUCUCUGGCUCAGCUCAUCAGUGUGAAUGAAAGAGAACAGAUCAUGACCACAAACGUCUGGCUCACUCAGCACUGGGUGGAUUACAGGUUAUCAUGGGACCCUGCAAAGUACGAAGGUAUCGACAAACUGCGUAUUCCCUCCAGGCACAUCUGGCUCCCAGAUAUUGUCCUGUACAACAACGCUGAUGGUACCUAUGAGGUAACAGUCUUCACCAAUGCCAUUGUCCUUUUCAAUGGCAGCAUCAACUGGCUUCCUCCAGCCAUCUACAAAAGCGCCUGUAAGAUCGAGGUCAAGCAUUUUCCCUUCGACCAGCAGAACUGCACCCUCAAGUUCCGCUCUUGGACGUAUGACCACACAGAGAUCGACCUGAUCUUGAAGUCUGAGGUGGCUAGUAUGGAUGAUUUUACUCCCAGUGGGGAGUGGGAUAUCUUGGCGCUGCCAGGCAGACGGACUGUCAACCCUCUGGAUCCAACCUAUGUGGACCUGACGUAUGACUUCAUCAUCAAGAGGAAGCCCCUUUUCUACACCAUAAACCUCAUCAUUCCCUGUGUUCUGAUCACGUCUCUGGCCAUCCUGGUCUUCUACUUACCUUCAGACUGCGGGGAGAAGAUGACCCUCUGCAUCUCUGUCCUCUUGGCUCUCACUGUGUUCUUGCUUUUAAUCUCAAAGAUUGUUCCUCCCACCUCACUGGAUGUGCCCCUGAUCGGCAAGUACCUGAUGUUCACCAUGGUGCUGGUGACCUUCUCCAUCAUCACCAGUGUGUGUGUGCUCAACGUGCAUCACCGCUCGCCCAGCACCCACACCAUGCCUUCCUGGGUCAAGCUGAUAUUUCUAGUCAAACUUCCUGCCUUACUCUUCAUGAGACGUCCUCACAAUAACUCUUCAAGCCAGAGACUUCGCCAACAGCGGUGUCUGCGGGCGAGGAGAGCCAUUUUGGGCUUGGGUUACCCAGUUGCAUCCAAAACAGGUAUCACCAUGUCGUCUUCUGCACUGCUGUCUUCUGACUCUGCCUUCUCCACCCCAGGACACAAAAAUGUAGCUCCUCCACUGGGCUAUAGCCACUCCAACAGGAAAGGAGACUCAGGAGGAAACUCUGACUGGGCUGCUGAUGUCCAGGAGGCGGUGAACGGGGUGCGCUUUGUGGCUGAGCACAUGAUGGGAGAUGAUGAUGAUCAGAGUGUGAUAGAGGACUGGAAGUAUGUGGCUAUGGUGGUGGAUCGUAUGUUCCUGUGGAUCUUUGUGAUAGUGUGUGUGGUGGGCACCCUGGGCUUAUUUCUUCAGCCUCUCUUCCAGACUCAGAUUACUCCCAACCAGCAGCCCAGCUCAGAAACUCCUCGCAUAUGAUGAGCAACGAAGAAGACAGGGCAAGUUUUAGUUUUUUUCAGCAAUUAAGCUGUUAGGAUAAGCAUUCGUAUAAGCAGAUGCAGGCCAGUAGUAGUUGCAAAGUCUUUUUGGUGUUCGAUUAAAGCCUGUAGUAUCAUAUUGGUGGGGUCAAAAAGCACUAACAGCAACAUUGUCUGUGCCAAACCCCUCCAAUAAGGCACCUGACAGGUUUAAACCAGACAAAAAAGUAUUUGCAGCCACUCAUUGUGUACAUCAGUGAAACAGACAGGAUCUUCUAUCAAGACAGAACAUGGAUAAAAUGUCUCCUAAUAAUCAAAACCAUGUGGUCUACAGCAAUACAACCCUCUACAGCACCCAGUAUUUUGAGGAAAUGGUACAUCUGCAAGGGACCUAAUGUGGCAUCACAUCACUAAGGUCAUUUCCCUUCAUGUCUACAAAGGACAGCUGCAGAACGGGACUGAAUGUAGCUUUCACUGCACUGAAGCAUACUGAACUGUUGCAGAAAUAUACCCAAUAUGACAGAGAUAUGAGGAACAUUGUCUGCUGUCAGAUGUUGUUUGACUCCUUAUUUGUGUUUAAGUUAUGUUACCACGUCAUUGAAAUGUGACGUGUGAUUAAAGAAUGAAUAAUAAAGAUAAGUUCUCUUUCGUUUGAUUAAAUGUAUGAAAUCCCCAAUAAAGUCUUAAAAUUGUCAGGGGUCUUGCCAAAGUGCUUAGUUAAUCUAUGUUGCCGGUGAUAAAGUUUGUCCUCACAGCCAAUACGUUCUCUGAUGAUGUGCCAAUUGCAACAUUUUAUUGCAUAGAUAAGAGAGCUUGAAAAGAAAUGUGAGAAUGUGACCAGGCAAAAUAAUAAUAAUAAUAAUAAUAAUAAUAAUAAUAAUAAUAAUAAUGAUAAUGUUGAUACAACAAAACCUUGGAGAUGGAGCUGAUCUUGAUUACUGUGUUUUGAGGACCAGUGCUUUUGCCAUAGUUAUAGCCAUAGACCUGACACAUAUGCUUAAACAAAAUAUGUAAGGCUUUAAAUCUGUGAAGAUGAAAAAACAAAAUGUAUUUGUUUCAGACACUGUAAUCUUAUGGCCACUCAUUUGUGCCUUUACACCAGAGGUGAUCUCUGUUAAGUGCUCAUUUGUACAGACGGGCAAGUGCAGGCACACACAUAAAUGAUGCUUCACAAAACACACAUGCUGAACUGAACCGUCACCCACACACACCCACACAACAUUUACUGCUCAAUAAACAGUGCUGAGUGGGCUUGUUGGAGAUUCUGCAGACUGUUGGUUCUUUUGU